CCCCCUCUUCCCACACAGAGGCUGUUCUGUCUUCAAUCUCCCUCCUUCCUAGUCUGUCGCAUUUCAGUGAGAGUGCUAGUAGAGAGAGAGACCCCGGGGGUCGAAGGUUCUGCCCCGGCCGCCGCGACCUCAACCCCUCACGGUUUUCGAAAUAUCUGAUGACCGUCGUUUUUGACACUUCAGUGGACGAACCCGGAGCGAUUUUGGGCCAAAAGAAAAGGUGGUGACUCACAACCAAGCCUUGGGAGUCGACUUGAGAGAUGCUUGCUUACUGGAUUGGCACUGUUCCGUUGUGACCUGCUCAUGUCCAAAUCUGAGGUGCCAUGGCUCGCAGAAUAUCCUCUCAGGGGAAGGUCACCAUCUCUGUGGAUGAGUACAGUUCCAAACCGACCCAGGCUUUCACCCAUUACAACAUCAACCAAAGCCGCUUCCAGCCCCCUCACGUUCACAUGGUAGAGCCACUUCCCUAUGAUGCGCCGAAGCCUGUUGGUCAUACGCGUUUCGUCUGCGUUUCAGACACGCACUCAAGGACAGAUGGAAUCCAGAUGCCUUUCGGUGAUGUGUUGCUUCAUACAGGUGACUUCACUGAACUCGGCCUCCCUUCUGAAGUGAAGAAGUUUAAUGACUGGUUAGGUAGUCUUCCAUAUGAGUACAAAGUUGUCAUCGCUGGAAACCAUGAACUUACCUUCGAUAAAGACUUUAUGUCGGAACUCAUAAAGCAGGAUUACUACCGCUUCCCCUCAGUCUCCAAGCUGAGGUCUGAGGACUUUGACGACGUUCAGUCCCUCCUUACAAACUGUGUGUACUUACAGGACUCUGAGGUCACCAUUAAAGGAUUCAGGAUAUAUGGGGCCCCUUGGACACCCUGGUUUAAUGGAUGGGGCUUUAACUUGCCUCGUGGCCAGUCACUCCUCGAUAAGUGGAACCAGAUCCCUGAAGAUAUAGAUAUUCUUAUGACACAUGGGCCUCCUUUGGGGUUCAGAGAUUGGGUGCCCAAAGAGCUCCAGAGAGUUGGAUGUGUGGAGCUGCUCAACACAGUACAAAAGAGGGUCCAACCCAAACUCCACACAUAUGGGGGAAUCCACGAAGGGUAUGGCAUCAUGACAGAUGGCUACACAACAUUUAUCAACUCCUCCACAUGUACAGUCAGCUUCCAGCCCACCAAUCCACCAAUCGUAUUUGACCUCCCAAAACCAGGAAAUUCCUGAGACUCCUUAAAGCUCUGCCCUGUUUUUUCUACACUUUCUUACUUUCCAUGAAUGGUCUUUUUGUACUGCUUGUAUUUAAAAAUGCAUGGAAAUCUGCUAUUUUUAAAAAUCAUAUUGAAGCCCAUGUCAUUUGAAUGACUAAGUGUGGGUAAAAAAAUUGUGAAUUCAUAUUUGUAAUUUGUAUGCAUCAGUUGCCUUGUGUUUUUUCUUUUGUUUUUGGUCAGGAUCUUGAAAGUGCAUUAUAAAGGUACGCAAAGUUUCAGCAAUACUUGUGUUUGAUUUAAUAAUAAUUGUGCUUUGUAAAUUUGUUAUAAAGUUAUUAUUUAAAGUCCUGAACCUUGUGUGAUGUAUCCAAUUUUGCAUUUAUAUGUGCAUACAUCGCUUAUGUCCAAGUGUCCUAUGGGUCUGAUAUUUAUUGCUGCUAUCAGACUUUGCUCAUUUCUGUGAAUCUUUAUCUUGCAGGCCAUUAAACAUGCCACAAGGCAAGCAUUUUGUUCUCUCAGCAAAUAAUACAGUACAGUAUGCAUCAAAAGAUGUGUGAUAUUGGUUUGUAAAUGAGAUGUUGUGAAUGGAAUCUUGCAUUAUUGCUGUGCUGCUUGUGUCCUAUGAUUGCAAGUUAGAAUCUGAAUGUGCUUAUAACUCAAUCAAAAAGAUGCCUGUCAUGAUUGUAUAGUUUUUAGCAAAUGGUAAAAGAUGAUGAGAAUUCUCAAUGUGAUAGGUUUAGUCUAAUCCCUGACAAAAUAUUUGUGCAAAUAUUUUAACAGGUUCUAAAUAACUUCUAAAUUAACCAAAUCUGACCCAUUCUGUAAAGAACCAAACAAGCUGUUCCUAUGCUGGGUUUGCCAUACCUGUAGUAUUACAUUUGUUAACUGGAAAUGACAUCACUAUACCCAGAGACAAUGGUUUUAUUUUUCUCCAUAUGAUUGCCCAUUUUUAUGUGUGUUGUAUAAAAAUUCGUUGCACUGUGGAUCUGCAAUCUCAUAAGCACACAAAAAAAACUAUUUAAUGUCUUUUCUGCUAUUAUAAGUGCUUACUUUGUAAGUUUUGUGACUUUUUUUUUUAUCCAUUGUGACAUUUAGUCAAGUUUAUAUGCAAAUAAAACUGCACGAUUUUUAUCUGAUGUAAU